AUGGCUUCCUCUGGUUCUACAAGCAUCUCCAUUGAUGAAUCGCAUCCUUUCUUUCUUCACCAUGCCGAGAAUCCUGGUUUGGUAUUGGUUUCACAACCAUUGAUUGGGGGUGAGAACUAUCCUACAUGGGCACGAUCUAUGGAGAGAGCUCUCAGGAUCAAGAGCAAAUUCUGGUUGAUUGAUGGAUCAGUUUCUUUGACUUCAGCUAUGGAGAAAGUCCCCAUCUUGGUUCAAAGCUGGGCACGAUGCAAUGAUAUUGUGGUUUCUUGGAUCAUCAAUUGUGUUUCUCCCAGGAUUGCCACAAGCAUGGUGUAUCGUAAAACUGCUAAGGAAGUUUGGAAUAAGCUUCAGAACUUGUUUUCCCAGGGUAAUGGACCUAGGGUCUAUCAAUUGCAGAAGGAUUUAGCAAGUUUUUCUCAAGGUGAGCUCUCUGUGACUGAGUAUUUCACCAAUCUUUCAAUUUUGUGGGAUGAAUUACAGAAUUAUGAACCAAUUCCUACCUGUUCUUGUGAGAAAUGUGUGUGUAAUGUGAAUGAAAAGAUUUCUAAGAUUCAUCACAGAGAAGCUGUUAUGCAAUUUUUGAUGGGUCUCAAUGAUUCUUUCUCUCACGUUCGAGGGCAAAUUUUGUUGAUGGACCCUAUUCCAUCUGUUGAGAAAGUGUUCUCUUUAUUGAUUCAAGAUGAGAAGCAAAGAUCAGUUGGGCAGGGCAACAAUGGUGGUCCUUUUGUUGAGUCUACUGCUCUUGCAGCUAAGGGUACUAGUUUUGGUCCCAAGAACUACAAGGGUAAAGGUAAGGAAAGGCCUACCUGUAGUCAUUGUGGUUUGCAAGGUCAUACUGUGGAGAAAUGUUACAAACUCCACGGCUAUCCUCCUGGUUACAAAACCAAAGGCAAAGCUUCCUUGGUUAAUCAAGUGUCUGCUCACAUUGAUUCUCAAGAUUCUUUUCUUCAUGCACAACCACAGACUCAAUUUCCUUUCACUUGA